AUGCCUGAUCAGGACAAAAAGCUGAAGAGCACAGAAAAAGCAACAGACGAAAAACCUCAUGGGAUUUCUAUGAGAGACUACUCUGACCUUAAAAGACUUCAGUCUCUCUUAAAUGCUUCAUCAAGCAAACAACAGCUUUCAGCUACACAUUUUGAAAAUGGUCAAAUCAGCACAACAAGAUCUCUGCAAAAUGUCAGAAGUGAUGGACAAAAACUCCAUCGUCAAUGGCAAGAGUCAACUGAAGCUGUUGAGCUUGAGAACUUUAGUGUGACCUACAAGAAUGAGAGAAAUUUUAGCAAACAUCCCAAACACAAGCUGUUUCAAGACAUUUUUACUGCUUUAGUUAAGAACAGGUUUAACUGCAGGGAAUGGGUUAAUCAAGCUCCAUCCAUCCAUUUUCUUAGAGUAUUAAUCUGCCUGAGAUUAUUAGUAAGAGAUCCACACUAUCAGGAAAUCCUCUACAGCCUGGGUGGGAUUGAAAAUCUAGCUCAGCAUAUGGAAACAGUAGCAAAUGGCUAUCUAGAUUGUGGAGAAGAGAAACAUAAUGUAGACAAGUUGGUCAACAUGACAUACAUUCUUCAAAAGAUUGCUGCUGUUAAAAAUCAAAGAGAAUGGGUUAUAGCAAGUGGAGCACAUAAAACCUUAGUAAAUUUGUUAUCUGCCAGAGACAGCAAUGUGCUUCUGGGUGCUCUCCUUGCCCUGAUUAGCUUAGCAGAAAGUCCAGAAUGUAGGGAGAAGAUAAGUGAGCUCACUAUUGUUGAGAAUUUGCUGGUGAUAUUGCGCGAAUACGAUUUGCUUUCUAAAAGGCUUACAGCAGAGUUGUUGCGUCUUCUCUGUGCAGAGUCACAAGUCAAAGAACAAGUUAAAAUUUAUGAAGGAGUUCCAGUUUUGCUCAGUUUACUCCAUUCUGAUCAUAUCAAGCUUUUGUGGAGUGUAGUCUGGAUUCUUGUGCAGGUUUGUGAAGACCCUGAGACUAGCAUGGAAAUCCGGAUUUGGGGUGGAAUCAAGCAGCUACUUCAUGUAUUACAGGGGGAUAGAAAUCUCGUUUCUGAUCGCUCUUCAGUUGGAAGUUUAUCUAGUGCAAAUGCAGCAGGGAGAAUUCAACAUCUUCAUUUGUCAGACGAUUUGAGUCUUGAUGAGAUACAAGAAAAUACUUUCUCCCUUCAAGCAGCUUGUUGUGCUGCAAUUACUGAACUGGUGCUCAAUGAUACUAACGCUUCCCAAGUAGUACAGGCAAAUGGAGUAUAUAUAAUAGCAAAACUGGUUUUACCAGACAAAGAAAAGAAUGCUGAAAAAGCUUAUCUAUUACAGUGCUAUGCUUUCAGAGCCCUGAGAUUUCUCUUCAGUAUGGAAAGAAAUAGACAUAUCUUCAGAAGACUUUUUCCUCCUGACUUAUUUGAAAUCUUCAUUGAUAUUGGACAUUAUGUGCGUGAUAUUAGUGCUUAUGAAGAGCUGGUGUCAAAGCUGAAUUUAUUAAAGGAAGAUGAAGUGAAGCAAAUUGCUGAAAGUAUUGAGAGCGUCAACCAGAAUAAAGCACCUGCAAAACAUAUAGGCAAUUAUGCAAUUUUAGAACACCUUGGCAGUGGAGCUUUUGGAAAUGUAUAUAAGGUUAGAAAACAUAAUGGGCAAAAUCUUCUGGCAAUGAAAGAAGUCAAUUUACACAAUCCAGCAUUAGGAAAGGACAAAAAAGACAGAGAUAGCAGAGUGCAGAACAUUGUAUCUGAGUUAACCAUCAUCAAAGAGCAGCUUUAUCACCCAAAUGUUGUACGUUAUUACAGAACCUUCUUGGAAAAUGACAGACUGUACAUAGUCAUGGAACUCAUAGAUGGGGUGCCAUUGGGAGAGCACUUUCACUCUUUGAAGGAAAAGCAACAAAAAUUUACAGAAGAAAGAAUAUGGAAUAUAUUUAUCCAACUUUGCCUAGCUCUUCGUUAUUUACAUAAAGAGAAGAGGAUUGUUCAUCGAGAUCUCACUCCAAACAACAUCAUGCUGGGGGAUAAAGACAAGGUUAAAAUUACUGAUUUUGGUCUUGCAAAGCAAAAUGAAGAAAACAGCAAACUUGCAUCAGUAGUGGGAACCAUUCUGUACUCUUGGUUUCAAAAUCUGACUUUUACCUCUUCUUGCUGCUUUAGACUUUGUACCAUGAUGCAUCUGAAGGAAAACCCUGAAGUUGUAAAGAGUGAGCCAUAUGGAGAGAAAGCUGAUGUCUGGGCUGCAGGAUGUAUCCUUUAUCAGAUGGCAACUCUGAACCCACCAUUUUACAGCACCAAUAUGCUCUCCUUGGCAACUAAGAUAGUAGGGGCUGUGUAUGAACCUGUGCCGGAUGGACUGUACUCUGAAAAAGUAUCAUUUACCAUUAAGAGGUGCUUGACCCCUGAUGCAGAGAAACGUCCAGACAUAGUGGAGGUCAGUUCGCUGCUGUCUGAUGAGAUGAUGAAAUAUUUGGAUGUUUUAUCUAUCUCCCAUCUCAUGUUGGAGAAGAAACUGGAUCGGGAGAGAAGACGAACCCAGAGGUACUUCACGGAAGCAAACCGAAAUGCAGCAGCCUGUCAACAUCAGCUUUCUAUUUUACCACAAAACCAUUAUGACAAGUUGAGACUUCAAGGAAGCACCAUUGGAACAGUGAGUUGCCGAAGUGAUUUUUCAGAAAACCUUGGCAUCCGGGCAGAGAAUUGUCAUUCUACAUGUAGAAAAGAUGAAAAGAGAACAUAUGAAGAAAUCCCGAUAGAGGACAACAGCAGUUUAGAGAACUCUGAGAAAGAUUUGUUCUCAGAAUUAGAUGAUGAGCUCGAUGUAUUGGACAACUCAAGUAGUUCCAGUUCAAGUCAUUUCAAAGAGUCUGCUUUUGGUAUCAUAAAACAAAACCUUGGUACUUCUGAAAGACAACCUCAGAUUAGAGACUAUAUUGAAGGCCUGGGAUCAAGACUACGACCAGCAUCGGCAGGAAUUGCUGUAUCACAAAGGAAAGUGCGUCAGAUCAGUGACCCUGUUCAGCAGAUUCUUAUUCAGCUGCACAAAAUUAUCUUCAUCACUCAACUUCCUCCAGCUUUGCAGUGCAACUUGAAAAGGAGAGUCAUUGAGAGAUUCAAGAAGUCCCUCUUCAGUCAGCAGAGCAAUCCUUGUAAUCUGAAAUCAGAAAUGAAAAAGCUGCUCCAAGGUUCUCCUGAAUUGAUUGAUACCAACUUUUUUACAGCAGAUUGGCAUAUGGUACUUCUCUCAUCUUCUUGCAACACGUUAGUUCCAGAAGAUAGAAAAGGUAUUGCUGGCACUUCUGAAAUAGCAGAAGGGAUGACAUAUGAGCAGUUACAGACCUUAAUUGAGGAGGUUCUAGAGGAAAGUGGUUAUUACAAUUUCUCUCCGAACAGGUAUUUUUACUAUCCAAUAAAGAACUAUCCAGCAAAAGAAGAGAACUCAUAAUUCUGAUCAAAAGGUUCAGAACUGUUUCCAGUGAAGACAAACUGCCUGUAUUUCAGCUGAUGCUUCUGAUUUCCGAAGAGCAGAGUUUUGCUCAUCAAACAUCAACCUGAAGAGAUUUCAAUGUUGAAAGUCUUCAAGA